AUUUAAUCCCGAGUUUAUCAGAAACACACUCUCUAUCUCUACGAGGUAGGAUAACGUCUGCGUACAUUCUACGCUUCUCAGUCGUCAGACUCCACUAGUGCAAUUACACUGGACGGAGAUUAUUAAACAGGUUUUCCAAUUACACAAGAUGCUCCCUGAAUAUUUAGAGUCAAUGCAAGUAUUGGCAAGGGACAAUAUGCCAAGAGCAAGUGAUCUUCUUUUAUCAGUUUCAGUAAGUGCUGAUAUAUACAAAACCAAAAUUGUUGAUCUUGCUUUAGCAGCAAGUGAAGAACUAAGACAAAUGGCUCAACAACAAGAACCUCUAUGGCUAUUUGACACAAAUAAGCAAACUGAGGUACUCAAUGAACCAGAAUAUAAGCGACGAUUCGUCCAUCUUGAUCCAACUUUAGAAGGAAUUAUCAAGUUCCUUGCAAAUGGAGGACCUAUUGACAUGCCAGAGUUUAAUGGAAACGUCGAAGUUGAGAUGGAACAUUCAUCUAUCCCCUCUGAUAUUGAGUCGUCCAGAGCUAUCGGGAUUGUCCUUGUGGAUCCUAUCAACCUUGUGCAUAUGUUGAUGAAUGUCGGCAGUUGGUCAUGUGUAUUCUCCAACAUUGUUUCAAAAGCAACAAAUCUUGGACUUCUAUUGACAGGAGGAGAUGGAAAUGUCAAUGGAUCUUUACAAGUGAUGACAGCACAGUUUCAUCUUCCUUCGCCACUUGUUAGGCCCCGGGAGGUCUAUUUCGCGAGGCACUGUCGACAACUAGAUUUCGACACUUGGCUAGUAACCGACGUGUCCUUAGAGAGUGUUUUUCCUAAUCAAUUAGUCCAGUAUAAAAGAAGACCAUCAGGAUGCUUAAUCCAAGGACUUCAAAGUGGACUGUCAUUGGUGACUUGGGUGGAGAACAAUGUAGUAUGUGAUGGUUCGGUUCCCGAGAUGUUCAGGCAGACGUUUAAAUCAGGCGUUGCAUUCAGCGCGAAACGCUGGAUGCUGACCAUGGAGAGACAUUAUGACAGACAUGCAAUGUUGCAGAAACAACAUGAUCAACUGUUGGGACAACCUUUGCGAGACAUCAAUGUAGGAGAAGGACAGAAGAACUUAAUGAAGCUGGCAGAACGAAUGAUCAAAAGUUACGAUGAGAUUUUUAGCUCAUGCGAUGAAAACCAGUGGAUGCCGUUAAGUAUACAUGGUGGUGAAGAUAUCUUUGCGAAAACAAGCAUGAAUUUAGAUGUUCCGGGAACCCCUCGUGGUGUUUCAGUAAUGAUUUCAACUUCUGUGUGGCUACCGAUCCCACAGAACGACCUUUUUAAGUUCUUUCGCGCAGGGGAAAAUCGCUGGAAGUGGGAUUUGCUCUCCUACUGUUGUAUGACUCGCGAUGUGCUUCAUAUUCCUUCAGCAAGAGACCCUGUGAACGCUGUUUCUCUAGUCCUUGUGGAGGCUCCAAAUGGAAGAACAGACAAGUCAGAAAUAUUUUACCUGCAAGAAAGCUUCACAGAUUCAACAGCAAUGUACGUAAUUUACGCACCAAUUGAUACCCCAGCUGUGCAUUAUAUUAUGGAAGGCAAAGACUCAGAUCGCGUAGACAUUUUAGCUUCAGGAUUUGCUGUCCUCCCUUGUACUCCGCGGGGAAGUAUUCUAACAAUCGCGUUUCACAUAAUGGAUGAAGAGCUAUCGACCCCUGAGUAUCUUCCACCACGGUCAGUGUAUACAGCAAAAAGACUCGUAUCGGAAACAGUCUCCCUCAUCAAGGCUUCAUUGAUGUUCAGCUCUGCAUGUUAGAGACAUUAUUGAAAUGAGAGGAUAUUUGGCAUUCAAAGAAACUGUAAAAGAUUGUUAUUUUAUCUAGUUCAAUCGGCCACGACAUGUGACCAGGAGGUCAUGGGUUCAAGCCUUGAAAACAACCUUUGGUAGAAAUGCAAGGUAAGGCUGCGUACAAUACACCCUUGUGGUGGGGCCCUUCCCCGGAUACAGCGCAUAGGCGUAGCUUUAGUGCACCGGGGCUGCCCUUUUUAAUCGGCCGCGACAAUCAUGUGUUAUUGAAGUUGUGUUCAGAUUUUCCGAAGUAUUUAACUUGUAGCAACUCGAGUAUGAACACUGUAUCACUAUGCCCCUACUGUAGCAUGCGAUGUUGCUGCUCUGCGUAGCAACUCUAUGUUUUCUGUUUAGUGGCAAGACCAAUUGCUUUUGGUUCGACGAAAAAUGGGAUCACCUGAGCAAAGAUCUAUCGGAACAGUCUCUCUACCUCCCAUGGUAUGACGUAGAUGUAAGGUCUGCGCACACACUACCCUCACCAGACUCCACUUGUGGGGUUACAUUACACAGUGGCGGAGCCAGGAUUUAUAUUGAGGGAGUUCAGAAGUAAAUAUACGAACAAAUCGAAGGGGGCUCGACAUCUACUAUAUACGUAUGCUAACAUACGAAAUGCAUAUGGGAUCACCUUCAAUCGUGAAAGACUCAGAAAGUUGGAGUCAUGCCAGCUUCAAACCCAAGGAGUUGUUUGGUUGGAAACAAGUUAUCCCGGAAUUAAUCAUCCCGGGAUUAGUUAUCCUGCCUCAAGGCGGGACAAAAAUAACACUGCAAUCUCGAAGUUAGUAGAUAACUAAUCUCGAAAUUAGUAGAUAACUAAUCUCUGGAU